UAAAAGAGCUGAUAAACGCCACUUGCUUUUUGGGAAAACAGGAGCUUGCAUUUCGUGGCAACUAUCUCAAUUGAAAAAGAGAGACUUUUAAAACUCAAAGAAAAAGAGAAAAAGGAGGACUUCUACAACAAAGUCGUAGAGAUCUUCGUCCAGAAGGAAAGGCGAAUGGACUUCACUUACAAGAAGGCACUCGACUUGUUGACUUCCUCUCCCCUCCCUUCCUUCCUUCUCUCCGAAGGUACUCAUCUGAAAAAUGAGAACAAAGUGAUUGUUCCUGUUCUCCUUCUUAAGUCCCUCCAAAAAAGCUCAUCUGUGGAUGGGCCGCAGCAUUGUCAGGAGGGAGCAGAAGAGCGAAACGGCAGCACGGAGCCAGGGCAUCACAGCGCUUGCUUGGAAUCAAAAUGGAAACGGCCCAUUUUUCACCAUCUAGAACUCUGUGUUUCCCAGAAGAUGCCCGUCAAGGAGACCAGCGCUCUUUCUAUUUAACCCCAUCACCGCUCAUUGUCAAGGCCCCGAAAUGUAUGUCGCCCACUGGAGACCACGACAGUCCACCGGGCCCACCUGAUUUCUUCCCCAACCACAAGGAGGGGUCCCAAAAACGGAAAAGAACACCAAUCAAAAUAGACGCCCAAGACUCUGAACAGAGAAAAGCUGAUGAAGAUGAGGAAAGUACCGUACCAAAAACAUCAAAUCUCUCCUUCCCUUCUCAACUUAUGCCUGCCUCGCCCUUGCGACCUAUCACAGGCAUGAUUGAGUUGAACAGGUUUCAUCACAGGGCCAUCCGUGUACCUGUGCAGGUGAAACAGGAGCCUCUCAGUCCGCCCCCCAUGUGGCCGGUACCUCCUUUGCUCAUCCACCCGUCAUACUUCCCAUCUCUCCAUCGCAGCCUCUUCCCGUAUCCCUUUUUCAUGCCUGGCCCCGUCAUGCCCUUCCCACCUGGCGCAUUCAACGCCCUGGAGGACGUCAGGCCUGGACACCGCAGCCGUGACAUCUCCCCUCGAGGCAGGCCGAGCGGCACAGAGAAGAUAAGUCUGGACGUCCACGUGGACGACAGCUACUAUGUGGACGUGGGCGGCGAUCAGAAGCGAUGGAAGUGUCGUAUGUGUGAAAAGUCGUACACGUCCAAGUACAACCUGGUCACGCACAUUCUAGGCCACAAGGGCAUCAAGCCCCAUGGGUGCCACCUGUGCGGGAAGCUGUUCAAGCAGCUGAGCCACCUGCACACACACCUGCUCACCCACCAGGGCAUGAGGCCUCACAAAUGUCAGGUGUGCCACAAGGCCUUUACCCAAACCAGCCAUCUGAAAAGGCACAUGAUGCAGCAUAGCGACGUCAAGCCUUACAGUUGCAGCGUGUGUGGCAGAGGCUUCGCUUACCCCAGCGAGCUUCGCACCCACGAGCUGAAACACGAGAAAGGCCAGGACAAUGUGUGCAUCGAGUGCGGCCUAGACUUCCCCACGCUGGCCCAGCUGAAAAGGCACCUGACUGCCCACCGUGGACCUACUUCGUACAGAUGUUCCGAGUGCCAGAAGACUUUCCAGUACCCGAGUCAGCUGCAGAACCACAUGAUGAAGCACAAAGAUAUUCGACCGUACAUCUGCAGUGAGUGUGGAAUGGAGUUCAUCCAGUCGCACCACCUCAAGCAGCACACGCUCACUCACAAAGGCGUGAAGGAGCACAAGUGUGACAUCUGUGGCCGCGAGUUCACUUUGCUCGCCAACAUGAAGCGUCACAUGCUCAUCCACACCAACGUGAGGGCCUACCGGUGCCACAAGUGCUUCAAGAGCUUCGUCCAGAAGCAGACGCUCAAGGCCCACAUGAUCGUCCACUCCGACGUCAAACCUUACAAGUGCAAGCUUUGUGGGAAAGAGUUCAACAGGAUGCACAACUUAAUGGGCCACAUGCACCUCCACUCUGACAGCAAGCCCUUCAAAUGUCUCUACUGUCCCAGCAAGUUCACGCUAAAGGGAAACCUCACCAGACACAUGAAGGUGAAGCACGGCAUCAUGGACAGAGGGCUGGAUGAAAGAUUGUUCAGACAAAGGGGCCGGUUCCGUCUCUCCUCUCCCAUGAGCCUCCUGGGCCCUUUCAACCAAAAGAAGCCAUUCGAUCUUUCCCAGAAGCCCCCAAGCCUCCCCGGCCAUCAUUUCCCCCAGUCUGACGGCGAGAGCGUGCCUGGCAGCUCCUGUCAGGAGGAAGAUGAUGAGAGCUUGUACAGACGCAGCCAGUACAGCCCUGAAGAGGCUCAUGGACAGGACGCCUUGGGGGGUCUGGAGGUCAGAGUGCGGGGGUCUCCAGCUCAACUCAGGCAGGAAGAGCAGCACCAGAGGGGGUCACAUGGACAGGGACACUUGAAUGCCACUUGGAGACAGGCUGUGUCUCCUUAUAAGGUCGCUCACAGUGAGUCACAUGACCCCAGUGAUGAUUCGGAGAUGGAGGAAGACACACAUUGCCACCAUCAGAAGCUUCUGGAAGAAUUGUUGGACAGGGAAGACACAUUAAAGGAAGACAAGGAAGAAGAGUGACAAAAAAAUGCAGGUUUUGCUGAAUGUUGUAUGUAGAAAAGCAUUGGAGAGGAUGUUUUACAGGCAGUGUGUGUUUUUAUUGCAUGCUCAUCAAUUGAAGCUGUGAAUAUACAUCUUGUACAUAAUCAUUUUAAAAUUGUUCUCAGGUAUUUGCAAUGUACACCAAAAUGUUAAUAAUAAAAAAAAAAAAAAAUUAAAAAAAAUCACAGCUUUUUAUUCCAUCUCCUUAAAUAGAGGGCAUCCGCGCUAAGAAACUCAUUUCUAUAAAUGAAUGCCACGCCUCAAAUAGAAGCUGCACUAACUUAGACUUAGACUUAGACAAACUUUAAUGAUCCACAAGGGUAAUUGUUCCACACAGUAGCCCAGUUACAAAGGAUGGAAAGGAUCGGGCACACAAGGGCACAAAAGAGGGCGAAAUACAAAAGGUAAAGUAAACAAAAAAUUUUUACCUUAGUAGCAAUAUAGAAUAUAACAUAUAUGUAAUAUUUACAUAUUAUGUAUACAGUAUAUAAUAUAUAUUGAUAUAUUAUUAUAUUAAAAUUAAAGUACCAAUGAUUCACACACUAGGUGUGGUGAGGUGAGCAGUGAUCAGCAGCAGUAGCCGCACCCGGGAAUACUUUUUGGUGAUUUAACCCCCAAUUUCAACCCUUGAUGCCGAGUGCCAAGCAGGGAGGUAAUGGGUCCCAUUUUUAUAGUUUUUGGCGUGACUUGGCCAGGGUUUAAACUCACGACCUAUUAUACUAUAUUACUAUAUAAUAUGUACAAUAUGUGACAAAUCCCAAUUACAAUGGACAAUAUUACAGUAGAUGUAACAGCUACAGCAUAAAAUAGAGAGUAGAUCCAUCAGAAAAUGUACAUUAUAAACAAAGAGAGGUAGCUAACAUAGAAGCGGUCAGGUAAUAGACAGAUAUCAUCUAUUGCUGUAUGGCGAGUGAUUAUACAGCUGGAUGGAGUGCGGAAUGAAGGAGUUCUUGAAUCUAGUUGGGUGCAAUUAUUUUCACUAUAAACUUUACUCAUAAUAGACGUCAUCACCGCAGCACAGCAUGUGGUAUCUAUAAAGCUGACGUUUACAGCGGACUAGAAACAAGCAAAAAUGAACAUUAAUGUUGAUAAAGGCUACAUUCCCAAAAUCGAAGCCCUAUUAAGCCGCACAUGAUUAUGUGUCAUAAUUGACGCCAUUGCCCCCAUAUACUUAUUCAAAUGUAAUUAACUUAAUUUUAGUAUCCAAAUGCAGCUGAGAUAGGCUCCAGCACCCCCCGCGACCCCGAAAGGGACAAGCGGUAGAAAAUGAAUGGACGGAUAGCAUCCUUAUUUAUUUAAUAAACUCCUGGUACUCACUGCAGUAAAUAAGCACUCCUAGCCACCAUAUUAAGCAAUAUAAUAUUUCAGUUGCACUGCUGUAAAUGACUGUACACAUGUCUGCUACUCUAAAUCAGUUGACUUGUGAAAUAAACUGUGAUUUUUGUAUUCUGUCUCACUUUUUAGUUGUCAAUGUUUUUCAAUGCGAUACUAAACGUCAAUCUGCUAAACUAAAAGCGUUUUUUUGAUUGAUUGAUUGAAACUUGUAUUAGUAGAUUGCACAGUAUAGAACAUAUUCCGUACAAUUGACCACUAAAUGGCAGAGGUGGGACCAAGUCAUUGCUUUGCAAGUCACAAGUAAGUCUCAAGUCUUUACCCUCAAGUCUCGAGUCAAGUCCCGAGUCAAGACAGGGCAAGUCCGAGUCAAGUCCAAAGUCAAGACUGGAAAGUCUCAAGUCAAGUCCCAAGUCCUGCAUUUUGAGUUUCGAGUCCUUUCAAGUCAUUUAACCACAGACUAAUAUAUUUACACAGAUUGUGUAUGCUUUUAAAACGCUGUAUUUAUUUAUUAAAACAAGUGCAUUUGAAAUUGCAGGGAAAAAGAUAGUGCUGACAUUGCACUUCAAAAUAGCACUAUUAACCAGUCAUUUUAAACAUGUAACUCAUUCCUUU